CCCAAAUCUCAAAGUUCAACUGUUCUGAAAGUGACCAGAUGCCUGCUGCUGCCCUGCUCACUGGAAGCAGUUGUCUGGGACUCUGAUAAUCAUGGCUCUCCUCAAGGUUUCCUUUCUCCAGAUGUCCAAGAGGUGCCUUCAACAGCAUGGAGGUGUCUGCUGGAAGCUUGGAUCUAAGCUCAGUGUUCAUACACCACCUAAAAUGCCUCCAUGUGACUUCACACCUGAAAGAUACGAGUCUCUGCCUUAUAAUCAGAUACUGGAGAUUCGGAAACAGAAUUUUUCACCCCAGAUGUCCACUUAUUUCCAGAAGCCCUUGUUACUUCAUCAAGGAUAUAUGCAAUGGUUAUUUGACUAUGAAGGAAAAAGAUAUUUAGAUCUUUUUUCAGGGAUCGUCACUGUUAGCGUUGGCCAUUGCCACCCAAGGGUGACUACAGCUGCACAAAAUCAGUUUGGGCGCCUGUGGCAUACAAGUCCUGUCUUCUUGCAUCCUGCAAUCCAUGAAUAUGCAGAGAAGCUGACAGCCCUUCUUCCUGAGCCACUUAAGGUUGUUUACUUUACAAACAGUGGCUCAGAAGCCAAUGAUUUGGCUAUGAUGAUGGCACGAAGCCAUUCUCAGAAUGUUGACAUCAUUUCUUUCAGGGGAGCUUAUCAUGGAGCCAGUCCUUCCACCCUGGGCUUGACAAGUGUAGGAGCAUUCAAGCCAAGAACUACCACUGGAUCAAAUUGCCAAACAACUAUGUGUCCAGAUGUUUUCCGUGGCCCCUGGGGAGGAAGCCAAUGUCGAGAUUCCCUGGUGCAAACAAUUAGGAAAUGCAGCUGCGCUCCAGGUUAGAUGGAUGAAGGUUCUCAGUUCAAACCUGGCUUCAGACACUGGACAAAUCCCCCAUUGCCCAGCCCUUACCACUCUUCUGCUUUGGAGCCAAUAUACAACAUUGAUUUUAAGACAGAAGAUAAGGGUGUUGUUGCUUUUUUUAACGAAUGUUAAAAGAACAGUAUUUCUCAAAAAAAAAAAAAGCCUGAUUUCUGAACUUGCUCUCACCAGGUACAGACAGGAUUUGGCAGACUGGGCACUCAUUUCUGGGGAUUCCAAAGUCACGGAGUCCUCCCUGAUAUUGUCACCAUGGCCAAGGGGAUAGCAAAUGGCUUCCCCAUGUCAGCAGUUGUAACCACACCAGAGAUUGCUAAAUCCUUAACUAAAUCCAUGAAUUUCUUCAACACAUUUUCUGGAAACCCAAUAGCUGGUGUGAUUGCAUCUGCUGUACUUGAUGCAAUUAAAGAAGAUGGUCUACAGGAAAACAGCCAAGAAACUGGUUCCUAUCUGCUUCUGAAGUUGGCCAAGCUACAGAAUGAAUUUGAAAUAAUUGGAGAUGUCCGUGGAAAGGGCCUCAUGAUAGGAGUAGAAAUGGUGCAAGAUCAGGAGAGCCGUCAACCUCUUCCUCUCAAAGAAAUGAAUCUAAUCCAUGAAGAAUGCAAAGACAUGGGUCUUCUCCUUGGCAGAGGUGGACUUUUUAGUCAGACAUUCCGAAUUGCACCCCCAAUGUGCAUCACAAAAGAGGAGGCUGAUUUUGCAGUGGAAGUAUUUCAUUCUGUAUUGAGAAGACAUAUGGAAAAAAGGGCUAAAGAGAAGUUUUAAAAAAAGACUUCAAAAAUCCUCAAGACCUUUCCACCAUGUUCAAGAACUAACUGGAGUUUCAUUAGGGUGCUUCAAUUCACAGGUCAUAUACAGAUCUGGAAAGGCUCAGAGCCCAAAGGGCUCUCAAAAGGCUGGAUUAAUAGGUUAAGCUGACAAGACAAUAUUUAAUAAGAAUAAAUGUGAAUUCUUUGCUUUGAA